AUGCGGCCUAAAAAGAAUAGGCGGCGGGGAAGCGGUAAUAGCCCCGCGAAAUCGCCGCCGCUUACUCCCGCCAAACCUCCAGGUCGUCGUGGUAGGCCGCCUUCUAAAUCCAUUUCUUCUGCUCUCCAUCAUCCAUCAAUUUCAUCCCACGAAAAUAAUCACAAUUCCCUCUCUCCUGAACACUCAAGGACUUCCAGUAGUGAUCAGGAUGCUUAUCACAGUCACCAAGCUUCUUCUCAAUUUAACUCUAAUCCCGUUCUUCCUCCUAACCUUGGAGCCCCAGUUAAUUCUAAUCUCCCACCUUCCUACAGCUCUCCUAACGAAGCUUUUGAUCGGCCUCGAAAGUUGGCUAAGCGUGAGCGACGGGCAAUUAUCAAGUACAGUCGUCGUUCACGAGCUGUGAUUGAUGAGUCCUUUCUAGCAACCAUGAAUGACCUUUCCACCAACUUCUACUCAAACUGUAGUAUUGGAUCUUUUAAGCCUCAGCCUAUUCCCAGAGCGUCAGAUCCUUCGAAUCCUCCAGCACCCGUGUCUUUACCAACAUCUCCACUCCCUCAAAAUUCAUCGCCUCGUUCGGUCAGAGGUCGAGGUCGACGUAGUAAACAAUCUCCUAUUUCUUCGAUUCCUUCAAAACCUCCGAAACUCUCUAUGGUCUCCUUUUCUCCUCUCUGUUUACCUUUUAAUGGUUUUCCUAAUCAGCUAAAGCCACCGAUUACCAAACUGGAACUACUGUCACACAAAUGCGCUCGACGGUUUCUUAAAGCCGCCAAUAUUCUCCUUAUUCCCUCAACAACGGUCUCACGAUUUUUUGAACCUCAUGAUUCCUCAUCAAUCUACCUACCGCCUCCUCAUCCUACGCCUUCCCUUCAACCUACUCAAGCGUCAUCCCAAUCCGCAUCAGUCUCCACGGCAACCACUAUUGAUGCAUCCACUACAAGUAUCACAACAGCUAAUAGUACAAACGCUACCACAGCUGUUGGUCAGUUGAAUGGUUUUAUUUGUAAUGACACCGCUACUGUACCGACAGCUAAUACGCUGACCAGUUCUACAACCCCCCUCGUUUCCCCUACUAAAAGGGGACGCGGUAGACCUCCGAAAUCAGCCAAGAAAUCCUCUUCACCUCAACCACCUCUUCCAGAUUACCCGCCCUCUGCUUUUCUAACCGCCCAACCGUCAAUCAAAUCCAAGUCGUCCUUAUCAAGGCGAGGUUCUACAGGAACUCCGAGAGAAUUAAAACAUCUAGUCACCUGGGAUGCUAUGAUGAAGGCCGCUAGUCAGGAAUCCCUUAACUCUGGGGGAGGGGAUCCAAACAAAGGCUCUAUAGAUGCUGCUUCUCCUCUUACGCUUCAGAUUCUCCCAAGUCCUAAUGAAGAGGGACCAGACCAAAGGACAACUCGUGGAAGGGUGAGAAAGGUGUCAGUUGGGCCUGCUUCCUCUCUUGGGUCCGGAAGUGAACAUGCUCCCUCGAAUAAUUCCUCGUCAGUUGUCAAAUCAUCACUAUCGCCUACAGGAUCAGAAUUACGAUCGGGCCACUUUAGAGAGGAUCUAUUACUGAAAAAUGAGCAUUCGCCACCUGUUGAGAUUCAUCACGCUAAAGGUGGGAGAAAACGUCGUGCCACACCACCUCGUUACCAGCCAAUCUCUGAGGAAGUUACAGCUCUUGCAUCUCCAGCUUCAACCACCGGUGCUAUCACUAAGUUGCUUGAUGUUGAUACUCUUCAAACUGGAGGCACCGUGCUAUCAUCCGCUGCUCUUCUUCCACCACGCAAACGCUAUAAGGGUGUGUCUGAUAAGCCGGGAAGUGAUAACGACUUACCAGGAGGGUUAGUUGCUACUGAUGACGAGGAAAGGGAAUCUGUCUUACGUUCUUUCUCUUCUUUCCCACAACUGGAUGAAGAUGUAGAUGGUCUGAAGAGCCAGGAACAACUUGGAAAAGAAAUAGCUGCUGUAGAACCUGAGAUUCCUAAAAAGCGACCUAGAGGUCGACCGAGCAAAAGAAGCCAAUCGCCCAGUGGCCGACCGAAAAGAGAGGUAAGAUUUUGUGCGCAGUCUUUAGUUCAGUGGAUGUUUCUGUUUGUUUCGCUAGUAUUGAAGCUUAAUAUGAACUUUUUAGCUUGA